CCUAAAAAUAUAUGUACUUAUAAUUGAACAUACGUACAUUAAUACGAGUAUGUAUGCGUGUGUAGGCAAUGCAAAAUGUGAUCAUUUAUUUAGCAUGUAACCAUGCACAAACGUGGUUGUGCUAUUUACUGCUUAACCUUUGAAUAUGUGUAUACAUAUGUUAUGCGCGAAGUUUAGCAGAAUAGAAGAGGAAUCACUUAAUAGCAGUGAAGCAGACACAUUUCAGGAUCCUGUUGAUGAAACACUUCAUAAUGCAUUGAAGACUGCCUUGAAGAGAGAAGUUUCGGAUUGGAAUGCAGUACUUGAUAAGUGGUCAAAAACUUAUGAAUUGCGUCGUAAAGAAUCCCAAACCUUGAAUGCAUGCGAAUUUUUGCAAGAAUGGCCGAAGUAUACCGAUUCUCGUGCAGUGGAUUUGAUCAAGCUUGAUUUUACAAUUGCGUAUCCAGGAAAAGAAUCUAUUUUAUUAUCUAAAUGGGAUAAUUUUAAAAAGAAAAUAGUUAUAUACUAUAAGGAAAAUAUUCACAAUGCUACAUGUAAACAUUUAUUGGAACAAGUUCAGUCGGCGGAAUCUAUUGAUUCUUCGGACUACAUAAUAACAGCUCUUCUACCGUCGGUCUUACCUUCUAACAGUUGGCAUUCAUCUAAAUCAAAGACUUCAAGAACACGGGUAACUUUAUUGGACUCACAGGAAAGUCUCGUGCUUCGUUUGGAUACAAUUGGGGACUACGAGCGUAAAGUAAACAAUCUUAUUUGCAAAAAUUACGGUAAUUCAAAUACACUUCAACCUUUUAUCAUUGUGGAAGGCGUGAACUCCAACGAUAUAAAGUCGUUCUUUGUAUACUUUGAUAAAACAAUAUACAAAUUAGAUUCAUUUAUUGAUUGUUUGGAUGUUUGCUUCAAACUUUUUAACACCCUAAAUCUGCAUUAUCCAAUAGCUUCGAAGUUUCCAUGGCUAUUCAUACAAAAAUACUUUUAUGAAAUUGACACGCCUUAUGAUGUAAAGUCUGCAAACUUAACUGCUUUAUUAAGUUUUAUGAGAAAGUGAAAAUAAAACAUUGCUGUAAAAAUGUUUCCAUGCUUUCGAUGUAACAAAAAAUUUAACACUGCGGAUUUAUUAAUCCAUCAUUUACAAAAUGAUCAUGUUUUAAAAAAGCCUGGGUUCUGUGACCCGUUACAAUGCAAAAUUAACAAUUGCAAUCAAUUAUUUUUGAAAUAUUGUAUAUUUAGAAAACAUUUAUGUAAGACACAUGAAAAUGCGAUUGGUGACUCCUUUUAUGAAGAUUUUGUUUCUCAAAAUAUGGUUAACCCGGAUUUCCAUUCACAUGAAAUACAAAUUGAAAAAGCCUGUUUAGUAAAAUAUAAUA